GUCGGCUGGCUCCGAGCUGAAGACCAAACAGUCCUGUCCCUUCACGAGCGAGUGGUGCUCGGCCCUCGGUACUCCGUCAGCCUGGACUCUCCGAGCACCUGGCAGCUGAGGAUCAGGCCUCUGAGGGCAGAGGACCGGGGCUGUUACAUGUGCCAAAUCAACACACAGCCCGUCAUGAAGUGGCAGAUUGGCUGCAUCGAUGUUUAUGUGCCCCCAGACAUCAGCAACGAAGAGACUUCAACGGACGUGUCAGCCCAAGAACUGGACAACGUCACUCUCUCCUGCAAGGCUACCGGCCACCCUCCUCCCAAGAUCACGUGGAGGAGAGAGGACCACGACCAGAUGCUGCUGAAGAAAGUUGGCGGCAGAGAUUUUUAUAAAGUGGAGAGCUACGUGGGCAGCUCCCUGCCCCUUUGGCGGGUGGACCGGCGGCAGAUGGGCGCGUUCCUCUGCAUCGCCUCCAACGACGUCCCUCCCGCCGUCAGCAAGCGGAUCAUACUGAAUGUCAAUUUCCCACCAACGGUGAUAGUGCCAAACCAGCUGUUAGGAGCGCCGCUUGGAACCGAUGUGGUGCUAGAAUGCACCGUAGAAGCAUACCCCAACACCAUCAACUACUGGGUCAAGAACCGUGGCGAGAUGCUGCUAGAUGGGCCAAAGUACAUAAUAAGCGAAGAGAGGUCAUCCUACAAGGUGAUGAUGAAGCUGACCAUCAAGCAGUUCUCGAAGCACGACAUCGGGACCUACAACUGCGUCAGCACCAACUCCUUAGGGAAGAGCGAAGGGACCUUGAGGCUUUAUGAAAUAAAGCUGUACCCAAGCUCUCAGUCGGCCGCAGAAGUGAAUGUAGGUGGUCUUACAGAAGGUGCUGUGAAACAGAAGCCAGCUUCAAGUGACUCAAGCGAGGUGUUUUCCAGAACACUCUAUCUUUUAACACUCGUUAUCGUAGCCGUUGUUAAAUUAGAGGUAAUGUAAAUAAAAUUAAAUGUUUCAAAUGAAAGACUGUAUAUAAAUGAAGUCAAUAACGUUACUGUAGUUAUAUUUAAGUAAUUUUUCGUGACUGAAUAUAAAG